AUGUUUCCCAAACUUCUUCUCACCGCUACAACGGCAUUGUUGUCUGCUAAAUCAACCUUUGCUCAGACUUACAGUUCUUGUAACCCAUUAUUCACAACUGGCUGUCCUGCGAAUACUGCCCUGGGAAAAUCUAUCGAUGUCGACUUCACUUCAGGAUCAGUUAAUUCCUUUACUGGCUCUGGCGAUAUUUCAUACAACUCCAAUGGCGCUUCCUUCACGGUAUCCAAAUCAGGCGAUGCACCAACACUCUCUAGUAUCUUCUAUAUCAUGUUUGGAAAGGUGCAAAUCACAAUGAAGGCAGCCCCUGGCGCGGGUAUUGUUAGCACACUAGUUUUACAAUCCGACGACCUAGAUGAGAUUGAUAUGGAAUGGCUUGGAGCGGAUGAUACUGAAGUACAAACCAACUAUUUCGGUAAAGGCAAAGUUACAGACUACAAUCGCGGAGCUUUCAAUCCAGCGGCGAACAACCAAGGCGAAUUCAUUACCUACACUAUUGAGUGGACUUCAGAGCAGGUCGUUUGGUCCGUAGGUUCUACUGUAGUAAGAGUCCUUACACCCGCCACGGCCGAUACCGAUCAAUACCCACAAUCGCCAAUGCAAAUCAAGUUUGGGGCCUGGUCAGGAGGAGAUUCAUCGAAUGCGCCAGGGACAAUUUCUUGGGCGCGUGGUCCAACCGAUUACUCCAAUGGUCCAUUCUCUAUGGUCGUUCAGUCAAUUGACGUGAGUGAUUAUUCCACUGGUACUCAAUACAAAUAUGGAGAUCAAUCUGGAGACUGGACAUCAAUCGAAGCUGUCGGGGGAUCGGUUAACGGUAAUGUGCCAGCAUCGGCUUCAUCGAUUCAAACUGCUGGCGCUGCUGCUGUUACAUCUAGCUCCCCAACUAUCCCCGCUGGUAUCAACAAUGGUAAUUCGGCCACUCGAACUGGAUAUCCUUGGGUUGCUGGAACGCAAACUGUAUCGGAGGUAACAUGGAGCACUGGGCCAAGCAUUCCUUCAGGUUGGGAAAUUUCUUCUGAGGGGAAAAUUGUCCCUGUAAGUGCUUCACCAAUAAACAUCAACAGGAUUAACCCCCUCCUUUUAUGUGGACCCUUCACCUUCUUUUUCUUCGCCGCUAUCAGGAGAUGGCCUUGA